GCAUUUCUCGACCUCCAUCGGCACGGACAUCAGAAAUCACAAAGCACUGGUAGGGGAAUGAUCCAGUAGUCAAUCUGUCUUUCCAGUCGCUAUACCGUCUCCCUCGCGGGAUACCGAGGCAAUACAGAAAAUGCUGCAGAGGUAGCAUUGAGGUGGGCCGUGGGGUCAAAACACUCUCCGACGCGCCAUACCACUCGUGGUGGAGCAGACGCAAAAUGGCCACGAAAGCAAAAGCCCAAGAAGAACAGCAUGCAAUGGGAAGCGGCAGUGGCAGAGGCGAAGGCGGUGGAGGUGGAGGAGAGGGGGGAGUCGCAGAAGAGCAGGUGGAUGCGAGGACGAUGGAGGCGUUGAGGGCAGCCAUGUCUCCGGCGGACAGACAGUACGCCGCUCAGAAGAAUGUGCCCCGGCGCAUCCACAUUGUCGGCACGGGAAGCAUUGGGAAGCUGGUCGCGCAUUCUCUGAGAGGAAUACCAGAUCCGCCUCCCGUGACGCUCAUCUUUCAUCGAUAUAAGCUGCUGCAGGCGUGGAAUUGGAGCUCGAAGGUCAUCACCGUACAGGAUGGGGAGUUCACUGUCCCAAGGGGAGGAUUCGACGUGGAGCUGGCCCCAGAGGCACGCGUGCAAUAUGGAAACGUGCUCCAAGAAGGAAAACCCGAUGUCUACAGUUUGUCAGAUCAGACCGGGCUGAAGCCGCAUCAAGUCGCCAAGAUUGUCGCAGACCAGCAGCGAGAAAGCGCAAAGCCGGAUGGAGAGGAGGAGGCACAAGAAAAGAAGGUGGAUUCCAAGCCCGUUGCAGCAGAAGAACCACAAUCACCCUCUCGCAAACCCCAGCCAGGAGACUAUCCCACGUCCGAUGAGCCCAUCCACAACCUCAUUGUCUGCACCAAGACGAUCCGCACUGUCGCCGCUCUCGCCGCACUCAGACACCGCAUCACCAAAGAUACCACUAUCUGCUUUCUUCAGAACGGCAUGGGGGUCAUAGACGACAUCAACACGACUCUUUUCCCCGACGAGUCCACUCGACCGCAGUACCUUCAGGGCAUCGUCACUCACGGCGCCAACGUCCCCCUCCAGAAAGCCCUCGCAGACCCUUUCUUUGUCGUACACGCAGGUCACGGCACAAUCGCCCUCGGAGCUGUUGUGCCCCCUAAAUCUCACUCUCGCCCCGCAACGCCCACAGGCUACGGAACCGAGAACCCUGGCAAACUCGACGAGAAAGACGUGAACGAACUUCAGCCCACAGGACGCUACAUCGUUCGGACUUUGACUCGGGCCCCCGUGCUCCAAUGUGUAGCUUUUACGCCUCUCGAACUCUUUCAACUCCAACUCGAAAAGGUCGCCAUCAAUUCCGUCCUCAACCCCCUCACAGCCCUCCUCGACAACCGGAAUGGCACAAUUUUAUACACUUUCGCUCUCACCCGCACCAUGCGUCUCAUGAUAGCCGAAACCUCCCUCAUCAUUCGCAGUCUGCCCGAAUUACGAGGUAUCCCCAACGUGCCCAACCGCUUCUCCGCCGAGAGACUGGAGACCUUGGUCGUGAGUGUGGCGAAUCAAACUCGCGAUAACAUUUCGUCCAUGCUCGCGGAUGUUCGCCGAGGCGCACAGACGGAAAUCGAGUAUAUCAACGGGUAUAUCAUCAAGCGCGGAGAGGAGAUGAACAUCAAAGCGAUUGUCAAUUACGCGAUAAUGCAGGUGGUGGUGGGUAAAGCGUUGAUGUCUCAGAGAGAGUAUGAGAGUGAGGUUCCGAUGCAGAAAAGGGAUGUGAAUCGCGAGUAGGUACAUGUGCUAGGAUGAGGUUCAAAUGUAAGGUAUUGUAUUGUACAUUUCACGAUCUGGGGUGUUUUGCGGAGAGGACUUUUGGGAAUUACAAC